UACCCCGCAACCAUAAACCCCCGUUUUACUCACUGAAGAAAUUCCAUUUCGGCACUUUAACUUUAAGGCUUGUCAUUUAAGCCCUUUGAUCUAAGCACACGAAACGAUGUGUGGUGGUGCAAUAAUUUCAGGUAUCAUACCGCCGACCGCCAAUCUUCGAUCACGGCGUUUGACGGCGGAGUAUCUUUGGUCGGAGCUGAAGCGAUCAGGAAACAAGAAGUACUCAAAGCCGAUUGUUGACGAUGAUUUCGAGGCUGACUUUCAAGGCUACAACGACGAGGAAGUGAAGUCUGAGCUUGAAGAAGAUGAUGACGUGGACGUUGAUACAGACCUCUUGGCCGAUGUUAAACCUUUCUCUUUCUCAUCUCCUGCUCCUUCUCAGAAAUCUCGUGGAUCUGCAGCUGUAAAAUCUGUGAAGUUAAAUGGACAAACCAAAAGAUCUGCAGAAAGAAAGAGGAAGAAUCAGUACCGGGGAAUCCGGCAGCGUCCUUGGGGUAAAUGGGCUGCUGAGAUUCGUGAUCCCAGGAAAGGGGUCCGGGUCUGGCUUGGCACUUUCAACACCGCUGAAGAAGCUGCCAGAGCUUAUGAUGCUGAGGCACGGAGGAUUCGUGGAAAGAAAGCUAAGGUGAACUUUCCUGAUGAAACUCCCCGUGCUACUCCAAAGCGUUCAGUUAGGAGUAACUCUCAGAAAUCUCUUCCCAAGGAGAACCAAAGUCCUGUUCUGUCAAAUUUGAAUCAAAAUUUCAAUUACUUGAACAACACAGAUCAGGACUACUACAACACUAUGGGUCUUUUGGAGGAGAAGCCACCAAUUAAUGAGUAUGGUUUCAUGGACCCAUUCCCUGUGAAUGGAGACCUUGGUUUCAAGUCCUUUGAGCCUGCGACUGUUGAUACCAAUGUUUACUUCAGUUCUGACCAAGGAAGUAACUCCUUAGAUUGUUCGGAUUUUGGCUGGGGAGGGCAGGGAGUAAAAACUCCUGAAAUCUCAUCUGUUUUGGCAGCCACACCUGAAGUUGAUGAAUAUCAGUUUGUGGAGGAGGGUGCUAAUCCAAUGAAGAAGCUGAAGUCCGAUUCUGAGAAUGUAGUGCCUGUUGAAGAUAAUAAUGCUAAGUCACUUUCAGAAGAGCUCUUGGCUUUUGACAAUCAGAUGAAGUACUUUCAGAAUCCAUAUAUUGAUGGAAGCUGGGAUGCUUCACUUGAUGCCUUCCUCAAUGGUGAUAAUGCACAGGAUGGUGGAAACCCUGUGAACCUUUGGACCUUUGAUGAUGAACUCCCCACCAUGACUGGGGGAGUCUACUGAGCGAACUUUCCCUUGCUUUCUAGUUUUGUAAAUAAAGCUACAUCUUGCAGAAGUGCUUGUCAACUGUGAUGAUGCGGUACAAACUGACGAACAUGCUUAGACCAUAUUCGGAGAGUGUUCUCAGGAGCAUUUAGUAUAAUGGCAGUAUAUGUAUGUAGGUUGCUUUUGACAUUUUGAGACAUUGAAACUUGAGAUUUUAAAAUUUGGUGACUGUAUGAAUGUUUAUGUGUUAUUUGUGAUGAAUUACUGAAACUGGAUGAAUGUCAACUUGGUCUCCAUUCUA